GGCUACGUGCUGGUGCGUGGGGACCCGGACCGCUCGACGACACCUCCGCGGCCUUCGGGCUACGACUUGCCUGCCUCGACCUCUACCUCUUCGCCUGCUCGCCCGCCUUCGGUGGCCUGUGGCGGGUGGCGGACGACAUUGGGGCCUACAUUCAGCGCUGCCUCUCGGGGAAUAACCGUGGCAGCAGCGGCCGCGAGAGGGUGAAUCUGGCAAACCGGAUCUACGUGAUUGCCCGGGACGCCGCGGGAAACCUCUACGACCCCGUCCGUGUGGAGAACACCUGGCGGGACACCCAGCCCUUGGUGACUGCGGAGGAGGAAGAGGGUGAACUCGGCUUGGACCUGCGCCGGUACGCCCUCGCUACACCUGCAGGUCCCGAUUUUGACUACGGCCUAUUGGCUAUCCGGAGCACUGUCGCGGAGGCUGCGCCCUGGAUUGCUUUGGUGGUGGUGGGCGAGAGCGAGAGUGGGGAGCCGAUUGUGGCGCUGCCCGGCAAGGCCUGGCACCGGACCCAGUCUCGACGCUUGGUGCCUACCAGCUGCUUCCAGCUGCCCCGAGGCGCUUCUACUCGAGUGGUGGCCCCGGAGGACCGUGAGAAUCCUUUGGAGGCCCUGGCCGUGCGCGUCUGGAUCGGCCGCCUCAGCGCCGACUGGGGGCGCUACGUUGAGAUUGUGGAGAUUGGCGCGGCCGACCUGGAGCUCAACACAGCCUUCGGGGAGCCCCUGGAGGCCGAGCACGCUGAUUGCAUCCCGUUUGUCCCGGACUUGGUCGAGGCGGCGGGCGACCGGCUCCACUACCAGACCGCGGAGGAGGGCACUGGCGGGGAACCCGCGCCGAGGCCGGCUCCUGACGAGGCUGCUCCAGCAUGGGCCACGCGGGUGGAGGAGCUCGAGCGUGGCAUGGGCGACGUGCGCCGUGGAAUCCAGGAGAUCCUGGGGAAGCUGGGAAAGCCCGAGGUGAAAGCUCCGGCCAAGGCGGCUGCUCCUCGACCUUCAGCUCUUCGCGCUCGAGCCGGCCAGGCUGCCGGAGCGGGAGUGGUUGGUCUCGACCCGGCGGUGGUGCAAGCGGCCAGGUCAGCAGGGGUCCCCGAGAGCCACCUGGAGGAGAUGGCGAGAGUGGUGGCCCAGAGCAAGACCAAACUCAAAGACCCUGCGGCAUCCGCUCAGCCGACCCCUGUGAUCCCCGACCUCAACACGGGCCCCCUGGACGAGACCGAGGAGGAGGACGAAGGCGACGAGGCCUUGCCGACCACGGCGGGGAACGACCAGGUGGCAGCCGCCAUUGCAAAGCUGACGGUCAUUGCCGAGAACCUCACCGCCUCCAAGCGCAGGGCGAGCACCCUGGAAGGCCUGUUGGAAGGAGGUGCUGGGGCCGACGGGCUUGGAUCUGCCGCGGCUGGGCGGCGCAACGCAGCAGCCCUGAAGGUACUUCGCCGUGCUCUGGUGGACCGGCCUCGGGAGCUCGCCGACAACAUGCUCGACCGCAUGGGCGCCGACUUUGGAUUGGCAAGGAGCGUGCCCGGGGCCGACCGAGUGCCUGUUACGGCACGUGCCUGGGUGGAGAGCCGGGCCCGCAUCCAGCAGCAGUUCCCGACGACCGUGCAGAUGGCCUGGAUCCUUUCUGGCAUCGUCGACGCCUUGGCCCGGGGCGACCACGACGAGGGACUGGCGCGAGCUUUGGUGGGCUUGGCGGCGAUAGAGCAGUUGAGCCUGGACCGCGGCAGCUGGACGCUGGCCGAGCCGAUGUUGUUGGAGGAACCGGCUCCGCUCAGCAGUUUCCAUGGCCGGCAAAUGCCCACCGGGAGCGAGCAGCCCUUCACUCGCCUCUUGGACGCCCGCUCCAUCGAGCUGCUGGUCUACCAGGUGAGAGAGGUGGACGAUUACUUGGAAAGGCGGCGGCGCUUGAGCUCGAGACGCACCGGCCACCCCACGGCCCAGGAGGAGGACGAGGACGACGAGAAGGACAAGAGUGUGGUCGAGGAAUUCGUUAGCGCUGGAGAAGCUCCUCCCCGAGUCCCUGGUGCAGCGGCUCGGCCUAUUUUGGCGGCGUCCCUCUGGGCUUCUUUGCCGCGGUGGGUGCUAGAGCAGCCUACCCCUUUUGCUUCUUUUUUCCGCAGCCUGGUGACACAGAAGCCGAAGCAGGGAGCUCCUGCUACCGGACAGGCCUUUCCUAUGCCCCUGCCUUACCCGAGCGUCUACAAGAGGAGCGCUCGACGACGGACCUCGCGCCUUCGCGCCUCGGAGCGGCAUGCUGUGAACUUGGUGGUGGCUGUGCUUUCUUGGCUGGCUUUGGACUGCCCGGCGGCCGGCCCUGCUUGGAUCUCCUUGGGGCAGCCGCUCACUGGCGAGCAGCGUGGGGCAGUCCGCCGUUUGGAAAGUUUUGUUCGAGUUCUGGUCCGCCAGCCUAUGGUGGGCCCUUCCGAGAUGGGACGGGUGGCUGCUAAGGUGGAGGCGGUCGAGCAGCAGCUGGGCAGGCUGGAGACCAUUGCGCGGCGACUGGGCCGGGUGAGCAGCCACUAUUUGGGGAACCCCGACCAUAUCGACUACGAUUCGCCGCCGCCGGCGCGCUUCCUGCGGGUGGGGGCCGGGCUCUGCUCCGGCCGCGGCGUCUACGACCACGGCGGGGACCGAGCAUUUGACAGGCUGCUUGCCUCCCGGUUGGUUAUGACGGGCCGGCCGGCGUUUGACCCCACCCCUCACCUGGAUCCAGAAGCCCGCUCGCACUACCUGGACCCGGCCGCGUGGAUGAAGGACCCCGAGACUCUCGAUGAGGCGCUCCCCCGGCCGAAGUUCAAGGCUACGCGAGCUGAGCGACUUCGUGUGCUCAAGAUGCUGGACGACACCGACCGCCUUCGCUUUAUCCCGGCGGACCUUGUGGACCCUCGCUUCACCAGCGGCUUGUUUGCGAUCAUCAAGGACCAGGACCGGGACAGGAUGAUAAUGGAUUGCCGCUGCCCGAACGCCUUGGAGAGCGCCACGGGGAGGUGGAUCCGGACAAUGGCCACGGCCGCUUCGCUUCUCAACCUUUCGCUGGGCCCGACCGAGGAGCUGGUGAUGGCAGGGGAGGACCUGAAGGAUUAUUAUUAUUUCUUCAAAACGCCGCCUGCCAGGCUACUUCGGAACGUGGUCACCGGCAAGCUCCCUCGUGAUGUUGCCGCCACCUUUGCCGGUUUUAGCUCCGCUGAAGACGGCCACGCCUUCUACUAUGCCGCGCUGAACACUCUCCCAAUGGGGGACCUGAACGCUGUCAGCUACGGGCAAACAGCACAUGUGUCCUUGCUGCUGACCCACACUGACGUGCAGCUGGCUGAGCUGCUCACCUUGGACAGCCGUCCCCCGCGUGGCUGCUUCGCCACGGGGAUAUGCAUCGACGACUUUGUCUGCAUGGAGAAGCGGCCCCGCGGCUCGGGACUACCGCGCCGGACUUCGCGCGUCAUGCGCGGCAUGCGCCGAGGGUACGCCCUGGCCGGCCUGGAGCGGAGCGAGAAGAAGGCGUUCGAGGGAGCCACCAAGAUCAGCCGCCUAGGGCUGGCGACGCGGGCCCUCCUGGACUUGGUGGCGGGCAGCCUGGUGGCGAUCUUUUCGUUCCGGCGCCGACUGCUGAGCAUGCUGAAUCUGGUUUAUACCGAGGGCCGCGGCCUUCCCCGGGACAUGGUGUUUUCGCUGAGUGCUGGCCUCCGCGACGAGCUCACCACCUCGGCGAUUCUCAUCAGCACCGCGGCCACGAACCUACGAGCUCGCCCGUCGCCUGUCCUGGUGGCCACGGACGCUUCUCUGGACUGGGAGGCGGGAGUGGAAGCGGAGAUCGGACCGGAGGUCGCUCGCGAGGUGGCCCGGCACGCCCUGAUCAAGCCGCUCUGGAACCGACUGCUGCGACCGGGGGAGCUCCCCGAGGACGAGGUCAAAGCCCACCCUUUGUGGUCGAAGCUGGCGCGGGCUUUGCAGUAUGGAGGAGCUUGGCGGCGACCUUGUCGGCGAGGACGGCACAUUAACAUUUCCGAGGUGCGCGCUGGGCUGCAGGGCGAGCUCCGACAUGCCAGGCGACGGCCCCGCAGCAGAUUGAACUUGGCCAUGGACUCGCAGGUGGCCUUGGGCGCUCUGGGGAAGGGCCGCUCGAGCAGCUCGGCGAUAAACCGGGAGUUGCGCCGCAGCCUCCCGGCACACCUGGGCUACGAGAGCUACCUGGACUUGAUGUACUACGCUUCGGCGGAGAACCCGGCCGACGACGGCACCCGCAACGUGCCGCUUAGGACUCCCAGCGAAGAGCUUCCUCACUGGUGGGCCGCGGCGCUGCAGGGCGAGUUCGCGGGACUGGACGCCUGGCUGGCCGAGCGAGGGGCUCUUCCUCAGGAUGCCUUGGGGCUGCCGCCGCUGACUGAGCUGGGCGUGGUUCGCACUCAGGUGACUUCAAGGAAGGAGGCUCGACGAAGCUGGUGGCAGCGGCCUUCGCAACGACGUCUGGACAAGGCCACUUUGCCCCUGCACAUACAGAGGCUCCUGCGGGCCCUCCCCGAGCAGCAGUUCCUCACGGCCGGCGGCAAGGCCCCCGACCUUUGCGAGAAAGGUUUCCUGGACUUGUACAGCGGCUCCUACGGGGCGGCUAGAGCCUUGGCUCGGCGGUCUGGCUGCUGGGUUCUGACCUUUGAGCUGCACCGAGAUGCUGGAGAGGAUCUGCUGGACGCCGCGUGCCAGGCCAGGAUCCUGGAGCUGAUCGCCGGCGGGGCUUUUUACUGUGUGGGAGGAGGCCCGGUGUGUUCGAGCAUGAGUCGUGCCAUCCGGCCCCCGGUGCGGUCGAAAGUGCACCCGGCUGGUCUUCCCGACUGUCGCCCGGCUAUGCAGGCAAAGGUCGCGGCGGGCAACCAGCAUGCGGCUUUCGCGGCCCGUGUGGUGGAGACGGCGGCGCAGGUCGGCACUGACUUUUGGAUCGAGAACCCGGCGGCUUCUUUCCUUUGGCAGCAGCCUGCGUGGCAAGCCCUGACAGAGGGAGUUGGCAGUCCUGGCGGCUUCUUUCUGCUGGACUUCUGCAGGUGCGGCUCCCCUUGGCGCAAGCGCACCUUGAUUUACACCUCGACCGCCCUCCGAGGACAACGUCUUUUGUGCAGCUGCUCGGGCCCUCAUCAGCGCCUGAGUGGGUAUUGCAAGGAGAGGCGGCAGAUGUGGACCAAGGUGGCAGAGAGCUAUCCCCGGCCGCUGAAUGGGCUCUUGGCCGCGGCAGCGACGGAGGCUAUGAGGCCCCUGGGCGACCGGCGGCACAUCAGUGCCUGUGACAUUUGCCGAUGCGGCUCUCAGCGGAUUGGGGAGGCGGACAAUCCUGGGCCGGCCGAGGUCUGCUUGGAGGAGGUGCAGCUGGUGAGCGCUCGCACGCAAGCUCUGCAGCACCGCCUCUUGACUGACUUCAGAACCUGGUUGGCUUCCCAACUUUCCCGCCCGGCUCGGCUAAGUCUAGAGGGUUGUGCCAUGGCUUUUUGCGCGGUGCUGCGGGCCUACGGUAACCACCUUUUUCAGACUGGGCAGCCCCUCUACAAGUGGCGGCACCUUUGUGCGUAUUUCCAGAAGGAGAGGCUGACACUGCGGCCUUACAUGCCUAUGUGCUGGGAUCUCACGACUCGGUGGGAAAGACUGUGCCCGACGGCGCACCGGACUCCAGUGCCCUACGCCCUGGCUCGAGCUGUGAUUUCACUUUCGCUGGCGCUGGGUUGGGCACGCUUCGCUGCCGUGGUGGGCUUGUCUUUUUACGGCACGGCUCGUGUGGGGGAGCCUCUUCGCGCCCACCGUGGCGCAAUUCUUCUCCCAAGCGACUUGUUGCUGGACGAGCUCCCCGCUUGCUACGUGAGAGUCGAAGCCCCUAAGACCAGCCACCGGGGCACAGGCCGAGUGCAGCACUUCGUGGUUAGGGAACCUUCUUUUGUGAAGUUUCUGGAGCGCCUGUUGGCAAACGACCCGCUGACUCAAAAGCUCUUCCCGGCUUCCGCUGCAACGUUUCGACGGCGCUGGGACUACGUUCUGGAGAGACUUGGAGUCCCGGCUGUGGUCAAGCUGACGCCGGGCGGCCUGCGCGGGGGCGGUGCGGUUUAUCUGUACCAACGCGGCACCCCUGUGCACGACCUUCUCUGGAGUAUGCGCUUACGGUCGCAGGCCACGCUUGAAAGCUACCUCCAAGAGGUGGCAGCAGUCAGUGUUCUGCCGGCACUGGCUGCUACCACCCGACAAAGGAUAGCUGCUGCCGCUUCGGUGUGUGAUGUUCAGUUGGAGCACUUCCGGCCUAGCAGCUAG